UUGUAGGCUUAAGAAACCCCAUCAUUUCAGUUGCACAGCUCCAAUAAUUAGGCUUGCUGAGUAGUGCUGCCUUGACCCACAUAAAGAGAGCAGAAGAAGGAGCUGUAGGGAAGAAGUUACCCCUGGUAGCAGUCAACAGCAUGAAGAUUGGAGCUUCGGUUGUAUCUGUUGGAUGCUGAGUCCUAUGAAGCUGGGGUACCGAGCAGACCAAAAGAGUGCUGACUUAGUCCACUCAGGACUGUUUGCUGUUGGGAUGGAUUGCUUCAAGAGAAGUUCCUUCAGCUCUCAUGUGCUGUUAACUGCACCGAGAUACACCAAUUCAGAGAUGAACUUGUCUUACGCUCCCUUUGUACAAGGCCCAUUCAGGUCGGAAGUGCCUUCUGGAGAUGACUCCCUCUUUCCAGGGCCUGGGAAGGCGCCCAGUCUGUCAGGCUCCAAACCAGGGCACCCUUGGGACUCCACGCUCAGGCUCCACUGAGUUUUGGCCAGCUGACUGUGUGUCUGUGAGAUGACAUUUACAUACAACACUAUGGAGGAACUGAAAUUAAUCCAGGAACAAAAUACAUUAGAGAUGGUCUGUACAGUAAAAUGAGCUGUACCACCCACCUAAGUUUGAAGUUGAACUCAAGCUUUUCAUUUCUGAUGGAGCAGCCUGUUGCUUGUUUUGAUAACUCCCUCUUUCACGUGGAGUUCAAGGUAAAGCUGCACUGGCCAUGGCUGAGAAAAGCCUGUUCUCGAGCAGAGUCCUGGUCUCUCUUGCUGGCGUCAUUCAUGGAAGCUGCUCCAAGCAUCACCCCCACAGCUGCUGCCAAAGUGACCAGGGUAUGUCACUGCCCUUCUGGGAGUCAUCAGUGGGAACUCAAGCUACGGCCCCUGUGGAUUUUGUGGUCUAACACAAGCAGAUGCUUCACAACACUGACGGUGGGUAACCGUCUCCUAACAAAUGCCUCUUUAAAGUUAUAGAUGCCAUUACAUUUUGUUACUCAAUUCCUCAUCUAGUUAGAUGCAUUUUCUUACAAAAUGAGGGGAAAGAGAUGUGCAAGCAAUGGGACUUAGCUGGUGCUGUGCCAAAGCUGGUGGAAGAGCAACCAGCAAGCAGGGCUGGUCUCUUGUACAGCUUCCAUUUCAUUUUGAAAAUAAUAGCUCUGUACAGUCUUUCAUUUGUUGGAAAUGUCUGGCUGGCUUUCACACAGUGGUUUUUCUUUGGUGUGUAGUUGUUGGGUUAUUUUGCUUUGCAUUGGUUUCACUUUGUUUUGCUGGUUGAUUUUUUUUUUUUAAUCUCUGUGCUUUUCCAGUAGCUUGUGCUUUGCCAAGCACUGUUGAACAGUUUACACCGGCUGUGGCCAUCGCUGAUCAGAAAUGGCAUUAACUGGGAGUAGGUGGCUCACCAGGACCUGUGGUUAGAAUGACAGAGAAGACGAUGAAGCCAAUUAUCUUCAGUUUAUCCCCUAACUUACUCUGUCUUUCUCUGAAACAUGAACCGUUAAUUAGGCCUUCUAACUAGAAACACCACUGCUAAUUUUUGUAGCCCCCUAUACCUGUAUCCAGGUAUUUGUCACAGAAAUAGAAAGCCAGAAAAGUGCACACAGAAGAACUCAGCACUGGAAAAGACUUCCCUGGGGGUCAUCGUGCUUCCCCAAAAGGCACCUCCUUGCCUUAUCCGAAGGGCUCUGUAAAUGCCAAAUGGUCCUGAAGGGAUUUUUCCACAGACAGCAGGAGGUGAGGACCGAAGGGCUGUGCUCCUUGCCUGUCCGUCCAUUCGGUUUGACUCAUAGCCUUAGGCAAGGCAAUUUAAAGGCGAGUUGGCAAUUUCUGAAGUGAAGAAAGCAAUUUUGGCCCAAAAAUGUCUGCAGGACAUCAUGGCAAAUGAGAUGUUUGUGGAAGGGGUUGUCUUUAAUUCUGCUGGACUGGGAAAGGCUGAGGGGCUCACAAAGGCAGGAUGAGCAGGCCUGGAGCCAGCGCUGACCAUCCACCAAGAGAGGGAGGUGGCUGCAGCUGAACUGCCCUUAAUUUUCAUCCCUGCUCCAAGCUGUCAGUGAGGGAGGAGGCAUGAAGAGUCCAUUCAGAUCUUUAAACAUCUUCCAGCUGGAAAAACUGCUACUGAAAAGGAAGUGCUUAUGUCUCCCCACGCUGCUUAAAUGCCCCAGCUGAAGCCAGGGAUGUGUUAUGUCAAACCCAGUGUGUGUAUGCACAGGUGGAGCCAUGAGAGAGGAGGAGGAGAGAGAGGGGAAAGCAAGCAUGGAAGAAGGAAACAGCAAGAAAUCCCCUUUCCUCUCCUUCCCCAUCCAGGAGAAACAGUCCUGCAAGCAGAACAAGUGUUCAGAGUGGAAGAGGAGCGUGAGGAAGCUGAAGGUCACUGGAAAAAAACAGAUGGGGACCUGGAAAGCAGAUCCCGCUGCCUGUCCCCUAGAUAACGCUCCCUCCCCUGCUUGCGCAGCUGCGGUUCCAGGAGGCGUUUUGCCGAAAGUUGCCUGGUGGCAAUAGAGUUAUUAGUGCAGUUUUCAAAGAAGUUCGAAAACAAAACGCAAUGACAAAGUUGGAAUAUUUGUGCUAAGCAUCAAGUGAGCCUGAAAGGUUAGUCUCCUGUUUAAUUAAAUUCCUGCUUCAAAGUCUCCACUUCUUCUCCACUGGGGAGUAGCGCUUUCUUUAAGCAAUGUUUAGAGGACACUAGUCUGCAAGGGUAAUCAUCCUCGCCUCUGGCAGGAAUAGCUCGCGCACCAGCGUUUCUGAAAGGGUUCUCUUUGUGAAUAAUUGAAUUUGUCUCUGGAGUUCAAAAUUUCUUUUUCUGUGGGACUGACUGCAGCUCAGCUUCCUCCUUAGAUGCAGCUUACUGUAAUUGAGCUGGAAGCAUAGUGCUGCAAUUGAGGUUUUUGUGAACAUGACGCAUAAUAGAGGUGAUUGCCAUGGAAAGAGUCAUUUGUAGUGUUCAAAACGCCUCCUCCAGUGGUGACCGGAUCUGCAGAAAAUAAUUAAAGGACCCCCACUGCCACCUUCCCCUCCCCCCACCCACAGGAAAAAAUAUAAUGUCAUGAGGCAGUGGAGGUGGCUGGUGUGUGCUGUCGGGGCCGUUCCCGGGGAUGCUCAGAGCCACGCGCAGUUCCCGCGGUGCUGCCUCUGCGGGGAUGCUGUGACCCACAAGCACCAGCCAGCCAGGCCUGUUUGUCCUGCCCACAUAUCCCCUAACAAUCUGGGCAGAGCGACCACUCCUUUAAAAUCUCCCAGCCUUGCAGUAGAAAGGCACAUGUAGUGCGAUGGGAAAAGCUGCACACCAUGACUCCGAGACAAACAACCCUGCAGCUGACCCACCAAGGAAAAGCUCAUUACAGGUACAUCCUCCAUCAUGUUACCUAUGAGGUCCGUCACCCCCGGGGAGUUGUCAGUGCCUCCUCUCACCCCAGACAUCCCUAACCUGCAAUCCACUGUGUAAUAGCUCACAAGGGCUCCCACUACAAUGUCUGUAAACCACUUUUCAGGGGGCGGGGGGGAAAACGCUCUCAAAACAAUUUGCAUUGCUGUGAGCGGGAACUCAUGUCUACUCCAAGAAGUGACAGCUCCCUGCUGGUAGACUGAGGUAAGUGGUAUGUCUCAGAAGUAAUUUUUGCUGCCUUAUGCAUAUUGCUGUGCCGUGCAAAUCAAUAGCAGAGUGAACAACUACUUCAGAAUUUGUGCUUAAAGUAGGAAUUGGGGCAAAGCACAGUCCUGAAAUGAACAAAAAUCCCUCCAGAUGGAAGUUUUCUUUCUUUUCUUUCUUUGUUCAUCAGACACAGCAACAACGCUGAGCAGCUGCAUUCAGCCAAGGAAACGUGGCAUGGCAGUAGUAUAUUGUCAGGAUGCUAUUUUAGGGAGGGAAACAAAUUCUAAGGGCAAGACGUAAUGAUCCAGUAACUCAGAGGAGCUGCUCAGGGAUUUGUCUGUGGCUAUUGAAUAUACCACAUGGUGCUUGUGCUGUCUUGUCAAAUUGUGAUGUAUGUUUGAGAUCAAUAAAAUGGCUCACCUGAGAUCUUUUUUUCCCUGCAUGUUGCACAAAAUACAUUUUCUCAUAGUAACUACAAAUCUUACAGGAACUGAUCAGCAAAAGAAGCAAAGAUAACUCCAGUCAUGACUGGAAGUCCUAAUUUUAGAUUUAAGUCCAAUUUUCUUGGGCUCUAGUCCCUGCAAAUAGUCCCCAGUUUCUUUGUGGUCACUGCUCUGAACUGGAAACCAGAACAUGUAUCUUUAACACUUCUGCUCUUUUCUGUGUCUGGCAAAUACAAUGACUUGAAUAUUCUAUCCGUUCAGUACCUCGGGGCUUCCUGAUCCUCAGAGACAGAUGUCAUGCUUCUGAGUGACAAGCUGAGAUUUCAUCCCUUGCUCAUAUUCCCUAACCUGUAACCAGGGCAUCCAGUGCAUUUAGCGCAACCACCUUUAGUAUGGUUCCUCAGGUAGGGAAGUAAUAUGGGCAACUGCGCUAACAUUUAGCCUCUAAGAUGUGUAUCUGUAGGCCUGACCUUAGCCUUGCCAGCACAAACAGCUGUUUUGGCUGGAUGAGAUUAGCUCACUUAAAAGGGCAACCAAAAGACUGCACGUGCACAAAUUAGGGACAUGGUAUAGAUGUUGCUUACAUGUGGUAGUGUGUAAAAUAGGGAAAUAAUCAGUGAGUUUGGGUGUUUUUUUUUCUUUCUUCAGGCUCUGUGAUUUGCAUGCCACAGCUGUGGGGAGCCACGUGGUCAGUCAAAGUCAGAUAGUCAGGGAGGAAACGGAAAGUUGCUGGGAAGAAAAUUCCCGGUGGUGGCUAGCUGUUUCUGUAUGCCUUGCCUGAGCAAUGGAGAGGGGUGCUGUAAGAGGACAGGGUCGACAACAGCAGUCAGGCCUCUUGAACUGCUUUCCCAAAAGAAACUUCACGACCUUGAUCACCCUCGGAUGGACCAGCUGUCGGAGUGAUGGCACCGUUGAUGGAGAGAGGUAUUCGUUCAAGGGACUGUGAUUUUGGUCAUCCAGAUCGCUCACUUUCUCUGUUUGAACAAAUUCUGCCCUGACAGACGGGCUGUAAUCAGCUCUCUUAAAGUCAAAGGGUGCCUCGUCCACAGGCUCCAGGGAAGGGUGGCAACAGGAAUAACCAGAUCCCUGCUCAGAUGCGUUUUUGAAGACAGAUCCUAGCAUCCGAAAAAGCCAUCAGAUAAUGUAGUUACAAGCUGUGUAGGUGAGGUGUCCUGCCCUACUCUCUUGUCAUGAUUUUGGAUAAAGAAAUGUGAUAGGCAAAAGCUCAAAUCUAUUUUCUUUCCCAGAAGCUUCUGAUAGCUGGCCCAGUUAGCUCUGUGAUGGCCCUGCACUACACACAAGAAACAAAGAGGGAUACGCUGUUUGCUACUAGAAGACUGCUGCUGCACAGAUGAAGCAUGCAUCUUCCAUGGCGAAUGCUGGACUCGUGCUCGCGUGCCCAGGGCACUGGCCGUCUUGGAGAGCAUGCACAGAGCACCUCCACACAACAGACUGACAGCAAAGCAUCGCCACGUCUGUGUGCUGCCGGGUAGCAAUGGCAAAUGUUUCAGUACAGGACUGACCUCUUUCCACCAGAAGAUAAGCUUUGCAUUUUGCAUGCUCUAAGUCUACUAUGGUUAAAACUUCAGUGUAGACCAAAACCAUACCUCUGACCUUCUGACAUAGAACACUGAGUUUGUUUUUCUGUGAUAAACACUUUUUUUUUUUUUACAUGCAGAUGUGUUCACUAAACAGUAUUAAUGAUGAGAAAGGGUAUCAGAUGAGUGUUACCUGAGGAUAUGUUGCUCUUACUAGGAUAUUCCUUCUCGCUUUUGCUUCUGGGAUCUGUUCCCAAGUGUUACUGAAGCAUGAGUAUGAGUUUGUGCCUGUAUUUGAACAAGUGGUAAAGUCUGUGGAAAUCGGAAGCAGGGAAGAAAGCAGUAAACAAAGCCAGGCUGUAGGAAAUGCUUCCAGGAACCUGAAAUACUGCCCAAACUCUGUCUCUAAUGAGAUGCUUUGCUGAUAGGUGUAUGCCUAGUUUAUGGAAAUCAAAAAUACUUCCAGGACAAUCCGGAAGGAUUUAUAACCGACUUGCAAUAAGGCAAGUCCAGAGACUGACAGAUGCUUUUGCUUGAGGGUGCCACAAUACCAAAACCACCAGCUGAAUUGGGAUGAGGUGCAGCGGGUGAACCACGUGGAGUGACAUUGUCAUGUGCAAUCCUAUAAUUCCCCACCUGCAGAAAAUAAUUAACGUUCUCCUUCUCUACAAAGAUGUGAAUUUGGAAAACUCUCAAUGAACUCUGCUUUAGUUUAGGGAGAUUAUUUUUGAUAUUUUAUUUCUUUUAAAAGCCAGUGAAUAUAGUUGGAAAACUGUAUCUUUCAGCUAUUUUGGAACAACAUGUGAAGAAAAUGAAGCAGGGGGCAAAAAAGCCACCCUUCUUGUAUGCUUUUGCCAUGUAUUCAACCUUAAAAACCUACCUACCUGGCUUUCAAGAAAGAGUUUAACCCCCUAACCUAUUAUAUUACUCUGAGUUUAUCCGUAAAGGCAAGGAAAAAAAAUGGUAUUAAACAUGGGCUUAGAGUAUAGAUAGUGUUUACAACACGAAAGUUUCACAAGAUGUACUAAUUUUAUCACUCUGGCAGGAAACUGAGGCUUUCACAUUUAAUGAAGCAUUUCUUUGAAGUCGUGCUAAAACGAUGAGCUUGGCUGUGUUGUGCAUCUGUCUGUCUGAGCAGGGCGAACAGUUUUGACUUCCUCUUCAGCAAACGUGCAGGGAGCAGGCCCAGGAAGUACAAAAUAUUUAACAAAACUUCACCAGCAAAGCAAAGAUGGAAAAAAGAUGGCUCUUCUCCGUGUUUUAUUUGGUUGUCGUACCCAGUGUCGCAGGCCAACUUGAAGAUGUCAUUACACAGGCAGAAGUGGUCCAUGCUUUGCCGGGUACCGAUGUGACGCUCGUGUGCAGCUUCCCAAGAUCAGAUCACAUCUAUGUGACACAGAUGCAAUGGUCCAAAGCUGACGGCAACCAGCUUACCACAAUAGCUGUUUAUCACCCCAUUUAUGGCGUACAGUACUUCAAAUUUCCUGAGACUUCUUACAACUUUUCAGUAUCCUUCAGCAUCGGGAACUGCUGCAACAGUGAUGCUAAAGAUGCUUUGUGUUCUCCUGGCUCAAAUACCUUUCCAGAGUGCAGCCGGUGCGCUCUGCAGCUGAAAAACAUUAGUGUCUCCCUGAGUGGGCAAUAUGAAUGCAGUCUUGCUACUUACCCCUUUGGGACAAAGGCUGGAAGAAUUCAGCUUAUUGUGGAGGCAGAAGAGGAGCAGCACUACGUGAAGGAAGUGCAGUUAAACCAGACUUUAGAAAUUCCAUGCCUUGGGAACGUGACCUCAGAAGAUCUGUCCAAUUAUCCUUUGAAAUGGCUAGUGGGGGAAAAUGGAAGCAAAGAAGAACUUGUAACUAAGGAGCCCCCCUCUCCUGAAGUAUACAGGAAUGGCAGUGCAUUGUACAGAGAAAGGAUCCACCUGGGUCUGAAUAAUGCUCUAAAGAUUUUCGCCACCAAGCUCUCCGAUGAUGGCAAGGUUUUUUCAUGCCACGUGGUGUACCAUCCAGAGCGAACCCGCAAGACCAGCACCACAGUGAGAGUCCUGGCCUACCCUGAAAUCUCUGUCACCCUACAAGAGGGCUCAGUUGGCACCUUGCAAAAGCCUAACGUUAGCUGUGUGGUGAGGAAGGCGUUUCCCAAGCCCAGCCUGGUGUGGUACGUGGACAGACAGAUCCUGACGGACCAGUCUGAAGAAAUGUCUGUUGAACAAGAAGAUUCACAAGAUAGUGAAGGUUUCUAUCAGCUACAGUCAACGCUGAUGUUACAUGGAACACCCCAGAUACAUAAGAUAUUCUCGUGUGCAUGUCUGUUUUCCUUCCUCAGGAAUGAAACGUGGAAUAUUCCAUCAGAAGAAAUAUUUUUUUCUUUUGACAAUGAAUCUAAUGAAGUCUCAACCCAAGCUUUCUCCACCAUGGCUUCACAAGACCUUGGAAAUUCAGCACUUCCAUCAACCAUCAUGACUACCUCAGAGCAUCAGUCUGUAUCUUUGGCCUCACUGGAUUUCACAAGUCAAGCAAGCUUGGCUCCUGCUACCACAACAGAAGGAGAGAUGAUUUUUACCCCAGAGACAAAAAACCAUACCAGCACCACAGCCUUCAAUAGGAGUUUGACGACAGCAUAUUGGAACGAUUCCACCACUGUAUCCCUGCAAAGCCUCGAGAACGCAACCCGCUCCUUGGAGAAUACAAGCCUAGCGCACCGUAAUCUGUCCUUCAGCGUUACAGACCAUGCAAUUUUAGUUACCAGAUGGAAAGAGUUCUAUACUACCGACAAUCUGGUCAAUAGUACAGGCUCUGGGAGGAACGUGAAAGCCCAUCCCUUCCCCUGGCCGACGGCGGUAGCAGUCCUGCUUCUGUUCUGCAGUUUCCUAAUAGUUUUAGGGAUCAGGAAAUGGUGUCAAUAUCAAAAAGAAAUUAUGAACAGACCUCCAUCUUUCAAGCCACCUCCACCGCCAAUAAAGUACACGUCCAUGGUGGAGUCUGAUGGGACUCCCCCAUCGUGCCACGAACUGGAAAGCCUGUAACACUGUCUACACUGUCUGUGUAGUGCACAGAAGGCGACUGACACAGUUAAAAGGCUCUGUCUUUAAAGCAGUGAUUAUGGGAGUUUGGUGUUAAUGACCCAUAUUAAAAUUCAGAGUGCCUAAAUGACAUUAAUGUUGGAAGCGGAGCACUCCUGAGCACACUUACUUAAUCCCAUCUAUCUCUAUAUACGCAUUAACACCAUUGUGAGUGUCACAGUGAGAUUAUAGGUGCUUAAUUUGAAUUGGGUGAUCAACUGGGAAUUUGCUGUCUUGUUAAUGGGAGUAGAUUAACAUAUCACUCCAUAAACCUGCCUAAAGGAAGUGUUGAAGCUUUUUGUUUUAGUGAGCGUAUAGAAAUGACAGCUCUGCCGUAUGGAAGCCAUGAUUACGCAGAAGUCCUUGGCUUAUUACAAGCUUUUUGAUACAUACAUGAGCAGUUCUUAUAAUUAGUAUUUUUUUACUGCAAAAAUAUUGACUAACUGACCCAGUGCAUAAUUUUCUAUCAGUGUGAAACCAAAAAAAUCAAUAGCUUGCACUGAAAGGCAAUAGCCUGCAUCUGCCAUGCGGCACAGUCGCUGGCAGGAGCUGAUAAGAUAAAAGGCUGCUGUGCAGGCCUGCUGCAAUUGUUUGCAAAGAAGAGUUGGCUGCCUUUUGUGAAGCCCCGAGAAAGAGUAAACUUGGGGCUCAUUUACAAGCCAUUUGUGGAAUACAGACCUAAGGGCUCAAGUGAAAAAUGAACCCGAUGGAAAGGCCCAGUCCUCUCAGAAGUGCUGUGUUUUUGAAACAGUAAGCACUCUCAGGUCUGUUUAUCUGAAUAUUUUAUUUAUGGUAUGCAAGAAGAAAGAAGUAUAAUUCUUUUAUUCUCCCUUGUGGUUGAUCACCUUCUGUCAUUUACUAUCUUCAGAUACUCUAAGACCCAUGGGGUAGUUUCCCAGGCGGCUGAAGCCUGCAGAAGGGACAGUCCAGUCUUACCCCUGCCCUGGUAUUUCCCUGUGUUGGCACUAACGAUCAAGUGCCCACGCUGUGGACUGGGUCAGACCAGCCUGUCGAAUAGCUCUCAGCCAGGUCAGCAGCUGCAGGAUUACUGACGCAAGGCAAAAGAGAGGCAACAGGAGCACCCCUUUUGGCAGCAGCAUGGUCUUAGAUUAACAUAAGCCAAGAAAUUGUCCCUCCAAGCUUGUUUGGAAAUGUACUGUUAUCGCAAUGCUAUUUCUGUAAUUAAGCCAAAUCAACUAAAAUUCAAUCACAUCGAACUUAAAAAUGGUGCGUUAUUUUCUGCUAAAAGCUGGUCGAUGUAUAUCAAGGUUUAUAGCACUGUAUUUCUUGUGACUUCGGAUGAAUAUAUGACUUGCUGGAAAGAAUGAUUUGACAGAUCUUUAAAAAUAUCACCAAGCUUUUAGUAUUUUGUGGUGUUAGUUACCUUACAGCACAAGGAGUUCUAAAUGCAUCACUGAGGUAAUAUCUGUGCUUCAUAGAGAACACUCCGCUUCCCAUAAAACUAUACAGACUUUGCAUGCACAGAAGGGCUGACAUUAAUUUGAUUAUUUCUUGUCCACUAGGGGUUUUAAAAGCAAAAUAGUUUAACUAACCGUCUGUCACUGCAACAGAGGGCAGCUUUUCCUUGAUUAAGAAAGCAAGCAAGCAAGCAAACAAAAGCACCGGGUAGCUGCACUCCAAGGGCUGAGGAGAGCCUGGGCUUUCUCUCUUGCUGUUAGACGAGGAUGGCCAUCUGCAGCGUACCCAUCAGGAAGGGCUUAUAUCAGCAUGUCAGAUGUUUUGCUUUAGUCACCUCAAUCCUUUCGCGGCCAAGGUGUUCCCGUCUGACAGGAAGGGUUUGCACGGUGCCUUUAAGGCCAUCAUGCUCCUUUUAACCCUUCUCGUUACUCGUGUUGUUUUCAAGACUCAGUCGCACUCACAAAGGGGAGAAAAUACCUGGCCGUGACCAAAGCGGGAGGCGCUGCAGGGGCGGCUGGGCGCGGCCCCGCCGAGCGGCCCCGAGCAGUCCCGAGCGGCGCUGCUGCGCCCGCCGCGACCAGCAGGUGCCGCCGCAGCGCCGCCGCUGCUGCUGCUGGUGGUGGUGGUGGUGGUGAUGAUGAUGAUGAUGGUGAUGAUGUUGGUUGCGUUCUUGUUAUUUUUUCCGUAUUUCCAUAAAUAAAAAUGUCUAUGCUA